AUGUCUCAGGAUGGGGUGACUCGUGCUGAGUCCAUUGAGGAACAGCGUACGAGGGACGAUGAUGACAAAAAGCCAAAGACUCGCCGACCAGCCAAUACUGCUUUUCGCCAGCAACGACUGAAAGCAUGGCAACCAAUCUUGACCCCUAAGAGCGUUCUCCCUCUGUUUUUCAUCGUUGGCGUUAUUUUCGCCCCAAUCGGUGGUGUUCUCCUAUGGGCAAGCUCUCUCGUCCAAGAAAUCUCGAUCGAUUACUCCGACUGCGCGACCCUGGCACCGACCAACGGUUAUGAUUUCGUUCCUCGUUACUCUGCGACCUUCAAAUCAUCUAAGCCUUUUACGCCCCCCAGCUGGAGAAAGUCAAAUGACUCGGGCGCCAUCACCUGCCGUCUUCUUUUCGAGAUCCCCAACGAGCUUCCAGCACCUGUUUUCAUGUACUAUCGCCUCACCAACUUCUAUCAAAACCAUCGCCGAUAUGUCGCCUCAUUGGAUUUGAAUCAGCUGAAAGGAGACGCUGUCUCUUACAAUACAAUCAAGGGUGGCCCAUGCGACCCGUUGGCGGUCAACACCACUGCUCACAAGGUCUACUAUCCAUGUGGCCUGAUCGCCAACUCGUUCUUCAACGAUACCAUAAUGCAGCCGUUGGUCCAAGACCCGAAUGAAACCGGCAAUGAGACCACCUUCUACGAAAUGACUAAGAAGGGUAUCGCGUGGGACAGUGACAAGGAACUCAUCAAGCAGACGAAAUACACCUCGGAUCAAGUGCUACCACCCCCCAAUUGGGCUUGGGCCAGUCAAGAUGGCGUUUAUAAAAGCAUUCCCAACUUGCAUGAAAAUGAAGAUUUCAUGGUUUGGAUGAGAACAGCUGGUUUGCCAUCAUUCAGCAAGCUUUCUCGCCGUAACGACACACAUGGCAUGCCCGCUGGGACCUAUGCGAUUGACAUUGGUGAUAAUUUCAAUGUCACCAAAUAUGCUGGAACAAAAUCGAUCUUGAUCUCCACUCGGACAGUUCUUGGAGGAAAGAACCCUUUCAUGGGCAUUGCCUAUAUAGUCGUUGGAGGAAUUUGCGUACUUCUUGGGGCUCUCUUCACUGUAGCACAUUUAGUGCGUCCGAGGAAACUUGGUGAUCACACAUAUCUUACUUGGGAUUCAAAUCAGCCGAACACUGCCGUCGCAACAGGACGGGAUGAUAGGUAUGGCUCCAAUGCCCCUUAA